AUGGCGGCCGAACUGGUGGAGGCGAUGAACAUGGUGAAAAGUUUUCGGGUCUCCGACCUGCAGACGCUGCUGGCCUCCAUGGGCCGCAGCAAAAGCGGCUUAAAGCAGGACCUGGUGGGCCGGGCUCUCAGGCUGGUCCAGACGGAAUACAGCCCAGAACUACUUAAAAAUGUACGACAGCUCUACGAGUCGCGCUUUCCCAGAUCGUCUAGCUGGUUGCCGGCACGGCGUCCGGAGGGCCUCCCGGUUUCCUACUCGUCCCUCGGCUCAACCCCGUCUGCUACACCUCAGGGCGUUGAAUACCUCAACGGCAUCUCCAAACCAAUGGCAACCCCCGCACCGGAAGUCAAGCUGGUGCCGCUGCCCUUCUAUCAGACUUUGGAAACUUUGCUGCCACCUACGGAGCUCAUUGCCCAAAAUAAUGAGAAACUCCAAGACAGUCAGUGCAUAUUUGAGUUAUCACCAAGUCAAGCAGACCAAAUCAGAAAUGCAAGUGAACUGCGCCCAGGAAUUAGAUCCAUCCAGGUAGUUCUCAGAAUAUGUUACUCAGACUCCAUCGGGAUUCAGGAGGACCAGUAUCCUCCUAAUAUUGCAGUUAAAGUCAACCAGUCGUACUGUCAUGUCCCGGGUUACUACCCUUCUAACAAGCCUGGCGUGGAGCCUCGUCGACCUUGUCGCCCUGUAAACAUCACUCCUUGGUUGCAUCUCUCCAGCCUCACUAACAGAGUCACCGUCACCUGGGGGAACUUUGGCAAGCGGUACUCCGUGGCAGUGUAUUUAGUCAGGAUGUUCACGGCGUCGGACCUCUUCAACCAGCUCAAACUCUGCUCUGUUGAGACUGCAGAACGUUGUCGUGAGCGCAUUCAAGACAAGCUACGUUUUGACCCAGAGAGUGAGAUCGCCACUACAGGCCUCAGGGUUUCUCUAAUUUGUCCCCUAGUGAAGAUGCGUAUCGGCGUGCCAUGUCGGGUUCUAACCUGCGCGCAUCUACAGUGUUUCGACGCAGUCUUCUUUCUUCAGAUGAACGAAAAGAAACCCACAUGGACAUGUCCCGUAUGUGACAAGCCGGCGCCCUUUGAGCUCCUCACUAUUGACGGGUUGUUGUCUGAUAUCCUUAAAGAGACGAACGAGGAAAUCGAGGAGAUCGAGUACCUGACCGACGGCUCCUGGCGACCAAUCAGUGAGGACAAGGAGAAGGAAAAGGAACGGGAACACAGCAACACGCCGGAGUACUCCAUGGUUGAAAUGUGUGUUCCCGAGACAAAUGGUCAUUCGCCAGCCCACAGCAGUACUAGCCUGUCGGGCAAAUCCGGAGGAAGCUCGGCGCCGACCACUGGUGUUGUCGGCGUAGCGCCCGCCGUGCCUCCAAGCGGCGCGGUGGUGGAUCUGACUCUUGACACGUCCUCUGAGGAGGAAGGGGGUGGGGCCGGUGGCGACAGCGAGGACACUGAGGACAGCGCAGACAGUCCCACCCCCAAGAGAGGGCGAUACAACUACGACAAGGACUUGGUCACCGCGUACUGA